AUGGGAAGAGGUUUAGUUGGUAUAUCGCAUGCCAAAAACAAACUUCGACGAUCGAUUUCACAUAAAAAUGAAAGUGUAUCACCAACAACCACGACUAAUUAUGUUCCAAAGGGACAUUUUGUAGUAUAUGUUGGUGAAACAUGUAGGAGAUUUGUUGUUCCAAUAGCACAUUUGAACCAUCCUUUGUUUCAAGAUUUGUUACAUUGGGCUAAAGAAGAGUUUGGGUACAGCCAUCCAAUGGGUGGUCUAACAAUUCCAUGCAGUGAAGAUUACUUCAUUAGUCUCACAUCCCUACUUAAUAAGUCAUCAUAG